AUGGUAUUCAUAUUCGACUUUCUGCGGAAAAAGAGAGUAUCACGAAUCCUUCGCGUCAUAGUCGACGACCUUCUCUGUCCUGCUCACAGCGACGAAGCAAUUGAGCAGGCGAUACGGGGCUUCGGGGUCGAAGUUUGGGACUGGCGCAAGAUUGAUAUUUCUAUCGACACGAUCAUGGAUGUUGCAUCGGAUGUUAGGGAAUUGCAUCUGUACUCGAGCGGAAACAACAUGGUUCUGCGUGGAUGGAGCGAUCAUGGUGGCCUAGCGCAAUUGAAAAACUUGCACACCGUGUAUUUGCACCAAAAUCAGGGUCUCGAAACUGCCGAGCGAAGCAGGCGAAAUGUGAAUCAGUUUUGUAAUAGGUUAGCCGCACUACGGCCAGACAUACACGUUCAGCUGGAAAAGCAAGUUCCAAAUCAACAUACCAAACAGACAGACAAGUCCGUUGAAGGGGCCCGAGAGUGCAACGAACAUCCUCAUCGGUGGAUUACUUGUAUGGACAAAUUUGCGGACUUCAUUCAGAAUAUCCAUUCGCCAGCUGGGUCGAUGGAGGGUAUCCGGGUGGCGCUGAUCGAUGACGGGGUCGAUAUUGAGGAGAAGACGCUGCGGGGUAAAAUCGUCGGCGGUCGCAGCUUCUCUCCGAGAGAACAUGCUCAGAAUUUGCAACGAUCGUUCUAUGUGUCAGGAGGUGGGCAUGGCACAGUCAUGGCAAGUCUCGUCUGUCGAUUGUGUCCCGCUGCUAAGUUGUUCGUGGUAAAAGUGGCCGAGCAUGUCAGCAGAGACUCCGGCCGCCAUAUCUCAGCUAGCAGCGCAGCUAAGGCGGUUCGUGCAGCAAUUGAUCAGAAGGUCCAUAUCAUCACCAUGCCUUGGACAAUCGAACGCAACGAACUGAAUGCAGCCGACAUUCGUGACCUGGAGGCCGCCACUGGGGCGGCUGCCAACGCGGGCAUCAUGAUGUUCUGUGCCGCCAGUGAUCAAGGUCCAGCGAUAGAUAUUACCUUUCCUGCUGCCUGUGUGAAUACCAAGAAUAUCUUUAAGAUUGGUGCUGCAGAGGCUUCUGGCGCGGUAUGGAAGUGGGUGGGAGACGCGGCGGCAGUUGACUUCAUCUUCCCGGGCCACGAGGUGGUCAAAGAGCGACCUAACGACGCGCCGAUUGACGAAUGUCAGACCUUAACAGGAUCCUGGGUAGCAACGGCAAUUGCAUCUGGAUUUGCAGCAUUAAUUCUUCAUUGCGUGCAGCUCAGCUUCGUGCAGACACAGGCUAUCAACCAACCUGGCCAGAUGGAUCACUUCGAGGGCCUCCAACGUCAUGAGCGCAUGCGUGAGGCCUUCUUAGCAAUUGGAACAACUCAGAGUAGUGGGAAUAAGUAUAUCGAGGUGUGGAAUGUGUUUGAGAAGGCCGUGGAGAAGAGCCAGGGAAAGCCACCAGACCAAUUCCCAGCCAUUGUCAAUGAGGUUGCCAACAAGCUGAAGGCCAGGAAAAUGCUGGAGUGA